UUCGUCGCACCUCUGGUGACGAAGAGAUCCGAGUCCGAAUGAUGAGCCUGGAAGCUGUAUUGAGGGCCGUCAGCCCGCAUUUUCUCAAUCUGUCGGAGCGGGUCUUCGCGUAUGGUCCUCAGGGCAAGCUGCUGUUCAGGAACCUCGAGGAGCACUGGUUCGCUCAAUGCGUCACGAUGUCGCGUCACAACGUGUUCCCCUGCGAUUCGAUUGCGGAUACGUUGCAGCUGUUGCGGAGCAAUUCGAUGGACGACUCGCUGCCGUUCGCGCUUGCCACGCUUGUCACGAUGUCGAAGAACACGUGGAACGAGUCCCUAUUGUCGACUAAGAUAUCAAGCCACAGGAUUGCCAAGAUCAACAUGAUCGUCGACGCGUCCGACUCGAAGAGUCUGCUGCACAAGAAGCAACGUGAGCGAAAGGUUUGGUGGCGCAAGCUGGCCCAGUACCCCUCGAGAUUCGUCCUGGCUGAGUCGAGAAAAACGAGGAAUCUUGAUGUGACGGAGAUAGAAGCACAGUUCCCCUUUGGCAAUAUCACUGUAGAAACAAUUACUUAUUAUCCUGGCAUACGAAAGUUAUUUCCUCAGACUGAAAAUAGUAAGGAUAAUGCUGCAGAUGUGCAUAUGAUUGAGCAUGUAGCUUCCUUGGAUUGGGGUUGUCUGGCAUUACUCUGUGAUAGUCACAUGUUGGAUCAAUCAACUAGCGCGUAUAUUCAUCCUAAGUUAUCUCCGUAUAAAACUACGUUCCACAUAGCAAAACAAGACAAUGAAACUGAUGUAGAAGACUUAAAUCGCUUUGUGCUAUACUUAAACAAUAUGCUUAGGGCGAAGGGGAUAUCUACUAUAUUAACUAAUACAGAACGAAUCGUGGAAAUGUGCCUAGUACCGUUCGUCGUAUCAGUGGAUAGGACUAGUCUUAAGAAUGGCAUUGUUUAUGUAAAAAAUUGCUCUACGACUCUUAAAGAAGCGAUUCACAUUUCCGACUUGGUAAAGUAUAUUACUCUACGUUCUUCUUGAAUCGCCGAAAUGGCACAAUCCUAGGUUUUCCAAUCAAAAUUUAC